AUCAUGACAGUACUCAUGACUUUUCCAAGAGAGGCAUACGGCAAGCCUUGUUUCGGUACUGUGGAUUUUGAUUUAUGUACCAUUUCAAAAGCUCCCCAACAAUACGUAAUGAUUAACAAUAGACAAUAUAGUUCUAACCACGAAUUAGAUAGAAAGAGAAGGGAACAACAUCUGCCCUCAAGAGUGAGUGAAAUAAAAUAUAUCGCUGAUGCCUAUACGAAGAAUAGCACCUAUGAGGAUGUCGAGACUGACGUGAUUGACAGAGAAGAUCAUGUAACCCAAUAUUUAUCAGAAUUACUUGUAAAUACGGACAGUGAGAUAACUAGUUUACAGGUAAGUGAAUUAGAAGAUGACAAAGAAGAGUCUACAUAAAGGUACACAUACGAGUAAAUAUUAGUAAAGUGACAAGCAA